AUGAAGUAUGCACAUUUGUUUUUGAGGCGGGGGGUAAGUUGCAGGUCGGCCCUGAGUGCGUGCGCGAUUCAGAGAGCGACAUUUAGAAGGUACUACUUCGCCAACGUGUGCCCAAAUGAAAUAUGCGGGAAGGUGGUGCAGGGGCGCCUUUUCACUAGCAAGGCGGGCAUGUCUGACAAUGACGCCCACAAGGGCAUGGAUGCACAAAAUGGAAUGAGCGCAAGUGGCGGAAUUGAGGAAGGUAAGAAGAAAAGCGAAAAGGGGAAAAAGGAUGAAGAAGGCGAAGACGGGCAACACGGCCAGUUCGAACAGCAGGGAAAACAUGCGGAGGGAGAAGAAAAGAACAGAGAACACAUGAAGGAAAUAAACUACGAAAAAUUGAACAAGGCCGAUUUAAUUAACGAAAUUAGGAAAACAAAACGAGACAUAGAAGAAAAAAUUGUGGACAAUAAAAUAUUAAAAGAAAAAUAUCUGUCCGUAUUGGCAGAAAAUGAAAACUUAAGACACAGAUAUGUAAAGGAAAUUGAAAAUAGCAAAUUUUACUGCAUCAGCAAUUUUGCAAAGUCGCUCCUGGACGUUGCAGAUAAUUUAUCUCUAGCAAUUAAAAACAUCAACGAAGAAUCGCUCAAGCAGAAUGAAGAAAUAAAUAAUAUAUACAAAGGCAUACAGAUGACGGAGACUAUACUACAUAAUAUUUUUAAUAAGUAUGGAAUUGAUAAGUAUGACCCGAUUAAUGAGAAAUUCAACCCCCUCUUCCACGAGGCACUGUUCGAAAUUAAUGACAGCACCAAGGAGAAGGGCACUGUUGCGACGGUUGUUCAGCAGGGAUACAAGAUAAAGGACCGCAUCUUAAGAGCUGCCAAGGUUGGAGUUGUUAAGAAUUGA